GAAGCCUUUUUCCAGGAACUGAAUGCGGGUCUCCACCUUGCACCAAUGGGCUCCGCAGCGUAUCAGCAAAGUCAGUUCAGUUCCUGGGACAAACUCCACAAUAGCCAAGGUCGUGGCGUUUUUUCUUGGAUUAAAAGCUUCUUCACUUCCAAGUUAUGGCUGUAUUGGGAAUAAUCACGACAGUUGCACUUGCAUCUUGAUUCUCCUCUGCACCGUUCCUUCGGGAGAAUCUUUUAUUUUCUACUACAAACUUCCGCUUACCUACUAAGUAAAAGUAACGUGGAAAAGUGUGAAUAAGUAUGUACGAACGAGUAACUUAAGUGUGCUGCAGGUGAUGUGUAUGGCUCUGGUAUUUCUAUUUGGCAACCUGAAUUCAAUCACAAGGAUGGCCUUCUUGUUUUCCUCAUGAUCAAAAUCAGGCUAUACCAAAUACCAGUACCAUUCUUCACGAUGAUAGAAUAUUCCGAGAAGCACGGCUGGUUCUUACUUCUUCGGUCAAAGUCAAACACGGAUGCUUUUUUUACUACUUCGGAAAUGUUGGCUGAAGAAGAAGGAUGGUGCUCCCAGGAAUGGUGCGACUUUUUUUUUCGAAUUUUUUUUCUAAGACAAGGUAGUGGACCUGAUAGCUCCACUGUCGGAGGUGUCCACCAACCCAACCGAUACGGAGGUUACAGCAUGUACACGUUGCCUUUUAACCUCGUCUUUGGCGGUCUGCGGCGGCACGACGCUAGUAAUACGGGUAAUUCGUGGCUGAUAACACGGGCCGUGAGAGGGUGCCUCAGAUUCCC